AUGCCCGUCACUUUGGAUUACCACGGCAAGAUCGUAUUCAUAACUGGAGGUGGAAGGGGGAUAGGUCUAGCCAUCACCACUGCAUUUGCAAGGGCUGGAGCAACAAUUAUCAUAACCUAUACGUCCAAAGAUCCCCAGGAGGUAGUCAAGAAGUUGACAGCAGAAUACAAAGUUCCUGUUCAUGUCUACCACUGUCCAGGUGAAGAUACAACGAGAGUCAACGAGGUGAUAGAUCUGGCUAGUAAGGAAGUGGGAGAAGUGGAUAUCGUCGUACCUAAUGCUGGGGUCAGUUUAUGGAGAGAUUGCGUGGAUAUGACUGAUUCCGAGCUUGACUGGAUCAUGAAAACCAACCUUUACGCUCCCAUCACUUUAUGUCGUGGAUUCGUUCGACAUUGGUUGGGUAUGAGUACUGCCGUUCAAUCUUCCGAGGACCCCGGUAAACCACCUGCAGGAGAGCGAAUCAAUCUGAACAAAAGGAUAUUAUGCGUAUCGAGUAUAUCGGGUAUAGUCAAUAUGAAUCCUCAGAGGCAGAUGGCGUACAACGUCUCGAAAGCAGGAUUGACAAUGGCUUGCAAGUCCCUCGCAGGUGAAUGGGCGAAAUACGGCGUAACGAUCAAUUCCAUCUCACCCGGAUACGUGGCGACGGAUAUGAUUAAAGAUCCACCCCCUGGAGAAGGUAGGGAAUGGGCAGGUAAAUGGAGGAAGGAUACACCAGUGGACAGAUUUGCGGAUGCCAGUGAGAUUGGUCAGAUGGUAGUGUUGAUGUGUUCAAGCGAGAGUUCAAGCUUCAUGACUGGACACGAUCUAGUCAUUGAUGGUGGCUUUACGACUUACUAG